AUGGAUACCACCGCCUGGGAGAAAUGGGCUCGAACGACCAUUUUGAUUGAAAUCCAAUGGGGUACUUUCUUCCCGUUUUAUACGACCUCAGCUUCCAUUGGUCCGAUUUAUUCCGUGGUUGCGCCUCUCAUCCUUAUCUUCAAUAUCGUUACUUUCGGUCUUUUCUGGUUCGUCUACCGAUACAAUGUGCUGUAUGUCAUCAAGUUUCGCUUUGAUACUAUUGAUCUUCUCUUCCCUCGAGCCAUAAAUCAGCUUUUCACCGGCUUGAGACCCCCCCCUUUCCGUCUGGGCACGCACGCAAAAGAAGGAGCGGGGGUCCCGGACGGCGGAGGCCGUACGAUAGCCGGCCACCCUCCAUCAGCGGAGAAUCAGGCUGCACAAACAACGACAACACAGUAUGCCGGUGCUGAGCACGAGCCGCGGUUGAAGUUGGGCAUACAACGGAGCGAGGCCAGCGGUUAA